AUGGGGAAAUCCUUUGCCAACUUCAUGUGCAAGAAGGACUUUCAUCCUGCUUCCAAAUCCAAUAUAAAAAAAGUAUGGAUGGCAGAACAGAAAAUAUCAUAUGAUAAGAAGAAACAAGAAGAAUUAAUGCAACAGUAUCUUAAAGAACAAGAAUCAUAUGAUAAUAGAUUGCUUAUGGGAGAUGAACGUGUAAAGAAUGGCCUUAAUUUCAUGUAUGAGGCCCCACCAGGAGCUAAAAAAGAAAAUAAAGAGAAAGAAGAAAUAGAAGGAGAGACUGAAUACAAAUUUGAAUGGCAGAAAGGAGCCCCACGAGAAAAGUAUGCCAAAGAUGACAUGAACAUCAGAGAUCAGCCCUUUGGUAUCCAGGUUCGAAAUGUGAGAUGCAUUAAAUGUCACAAAUGGGCCAUGUCAAUACAGAUAGAGAAUGUCCUUUGUUUGGUCUUUCUGGUCAAUGCAAGUUCAGUUCCUACUGAUGGCUCAGGGCCAUCGAUGCACCCCUCGGAGCUAAUAGCGGAGAUGAGAAAGUGGGUUUGCACUGAAACGGAAUGUACUGGGGAGAAACUUGACCGCAAAUGAUCCAUCACAGGUAAUGAUCUUUUUAUCAGUAAGCUGAAAAUUGAAGGUGAAGAAGAUCCAGAAGUGGAAUUUUUAAAGUCAUUAACAACCAAACAAAAACAGAAACUUCUCAGGAAAUUGGACCGACUUGAAAAGAAAAAGAAGAAAAGGAAAAAAGAUAGAAAAAAUAAAAAGCCUCAGAAGAGCAGAAGUAAACAUAAAAAACAUAAAAACAAAUCCUCCUUUCUUCCUCCUCCUCAUCCUCCUCUUCCUCCUCCAGUGAGACAUCAGAAAGCAGCAGUGAGAGUGAAAGUGACAAUAAAGAAAAAAAUACAAAAGAAGAAAAGGAAGAAAAAUAAAAGUUCAGGGUAUAACAGCAGUGAUUUUGAAGAGAAAGACAAGUCUAAGAAGAGAAAACUUUAUGAGGAACUUUCUAGCAGUCACAGUAACAAGGAGAAAGUCAGGGACAAGCCUAGGUUUUUAAAGCAAGAGAGUUCUAGGAAGAAUUAUAAAUGGAGCCAUUCUGAUUAUGACAAAAAGUCCAACAUCCAUCAUGAUAGCCCAAAGAAGAGAGGAUCGGAAAGAAACAGGAGGAGUAGCAGAAGCCACAGCAGAGACGAGAGGAGUAGGAGAAGCCAAACAGAAGUCACGGUAGCUACAAACAGAGGGAGGGUAGAAAACUGACACAGCGAAGCCCCAGCGAAAGAGCAAGUUAGAAGAAAUGACAGCAGAUGUUGUGGCACAGAUAAAAACAGAGGAGAGAAAAUGCAGAGACAGAACUCUGGAGAGAAGCAAACUAAAGUGACACAAAGAGAAUGA